GUAAGCAACACUAUUUUCAAAGUAGUCUCUUUCAAAUAAUAUUUGAACUUGAUUCUCUUCCAUGCAAACAUUAAGGCACCAGAGAAUGUGUAUCUCAUCCUAUGCAUUAAUACUAAUUUUCUCUCUCUUUUCUCAAGGUUUCUUUCUUUCUGUCUCAAAGUCUAUGCGAAAAGCAGAAGAUGAUAUGCUGCUCAGUACAUUCACACUUGGAAAAGUAAUACAGAAUGGAGGCAAAGCUGAAAAGGCAUGGCCCGCAUCUUCUCUUGAGCAUUAUAAAAUGGAGGACAACAGUUUUCUGGAUGAAGAGGAAGAUGGAGCCUCCAAGUUCUCUAAUAUAAAUCCUAAACACCAUGUCAUAAGUCAUGGCCAACCCAUGAACCUGGAUAUUAAGCAAAUUCCUUAUUUUGCACUGGAGGGACCUAUGACUUCAGCUGAUGCUGAUGUUCAGAACAUUCAAUCUGUACAACAGAGGAGAGAGACUGAAGAUGAUGAGAACUCAGCUAAAUUACCUAUUGGAAGAAGAGAUUUUGACAGUAAGUAUAACUUUCAGGUUAUUUCAAGCAAGUAAAACAGCUGGAU